AUUAAUCAUACACCGCAAAAUAUUGCGGAUACCCAUACAACAUUACCGUAAGGAGCUGCUUUCUAUCUUGAAGAUUUAACAGAGAGAAUGGGCAUACCUAGUCAGUUGCACAACGGAAUGCAUUUAACGCCUCUGAAUCACAGAGGUACUGGCGGCUGCCUUAGUCGACGUCUACGUCAUCAGUGCCCUGGGAGCAGUUGUUGGGGGUUAACUGCCUUACUCAAGGACAGAACGGCAGAUUUUUUUUUCACCUUGCCGCCUCGGGGAUUCAAACCAGCGACCUUUCGGUUACUGCCCCAACGCUCUAAACCACUAUAGGCUAUCUGCCUACAAAGUUCACUGCAUUGAGCUCAGGCGUCUAUAAAUUCACCUAAGCGAAAUUAUCAAUAUGGGUAGCAUGCUGGCCCUUUCUCUUCAGAGUGCCAUUCAUUCAUAAUUGAUGGGGAGACUAAAAUUAAAGUGAGAAGUGAGGCUGUCUCGACCACCUUUCAUGUCAGAUGGUCACCGGAUGAAAGGUAGAGAGAUGUGGGUGUGUGAGGUGUAGAGGAGACUGAGACUAGAUAAGGAGAGUGGAGAGAGUAGACAGCAGACAAUGGAUUCAGAAAUGGGGGCAAGGCAUUGCUGCUGCUGAUGAUGAUGAUGUGGACAGGAGGACCAGACUGCUGCAUUAACAAUGAAUGGAUAUUCAAUCAAAGCCAGCUCAUUCCUGAAGUUGAGAACUGAGAAGGCAGAGAGAAUACUCCUGACCCUGAAAAGUCUAACAAGAGGUCUUCACAGAUCAUAUCAACCAGAGGUGGUCAUCUUACCAAGUGAAAUGUUUUACCCCAUCCAAUACCAUUAAACACAGUCUCUCAUCUACCGCCACCUGUAACAAGGUAGAAUGUCCCAGCCUUCCCGACACUGGCAGUCUGAACGUGGGGACAGAUCUGAUGACUUCUGGAGGCACCUCAAAGAGGGGGAGGAGGAGAGAGGAGCAGAUGUAAUGCUCCAGAGGACAGGUGAAGAGAUGAGACCCUCUAUCACCCUCCGCCCCCCACCUUUGUUCCGCAGCAUCGGGCCGUCGGGGCUGUCGGCCAGCCUACCACCCCACCGACGUCUCCGCUCCAUAUUCCGCAGAUCCAGAGCGGUGCUGCCUGCGAAUACACACGCCGGGGAGGUUUCAGGAACACACACCCUCCAAGAUUUACUGUCAGGCACCCACAUCAACACACUCCCACAUCAACUGACUCCCAAUGACGUAGUGUCAGAGAAGGACGUUCACAUAAACACAGACUCAGAGACACAAACACAGCCCAAGAGACUCAUGAGUGCACAUGGGCUCACUGUAUUAGAACCACCAACAGGACCUCUCACAGAUACACUCUCAUUCAUAGUCAGUGCUGAAAGCAGACAGCAGGGCGGACAGCCUUUUUCUCAGCUUUCCCCACCCCUAAGGACCCAUAUCAAAGGCAGGGCAAGAUGGGGCAGAGCAGUGUCUCCUCUUAAAAUGAGAGAUGAUCUUGGGACUGGAGAGGGAGGAGUGAAAGAGAAGCAGAAGGUGAAGAGGAGGAGGCUGGACUGGAAAGGAGAGGACCAAGCCAAUGACAGAUAUGUCCCGUCCUUCACCCCAGAGACAGAGGGAGAUGGUGGACUGUGCCAGUGGUUACAAAGUCUGGGGAUUGGAGAUAGAGAGGAGGAGGCCAUUUCCCCCAACAGAAGUAAACAGCAGCUGAGUGGGUUCAGAGAGAGGAUGGCUGGACACAGAGAGGGGUAUUCACAUCCAGCAGCCAACCACAGGAGAGACAGACGCCCCCACUUCCUCCCGCCUAUCUGUCAGUCUGGCUCCCUACUCCAUGUACCCCUGCUGCUUCCCAAAAACUCCCCACCACCCUCGCCAUGCACCUCCCCACACGCCCCUUUCCACCCCUUGCCUGUACCCCUCCUCCACCCUUUGCCCUUCAGGAGGAAGUGAUAUUGUCCAGCAAAGGAAAGGGGUCUCAACUCAAGAGGCCCAUUUGUGUUUACUCUGUAUGCGGUUUUCUGUCUUGUAACUUCGGCAUAUUCUGACUGACACUUAGCUUAUGUAAGCUUAUAUAAUGUAUUUUCAUAUAGCGCAUUACGCCUACACAUCCUUAACAAGUCUUAUCCAGGUAUAAUGUAUGUUGCUCUUGCCAUUUAUACUGUACAUCCUUUACAAAUAAUCACAUAGUAGUUUCUCUACGUGUAAAUAGUUUCUAAGGAUAUGCUGCCCUGUCACAUUUCAAUUGCAUUAAAUUUAGCAUGUAUAGUUUGAAAGAUCCAGGGCGUUGUUGUUUCUCAGGAUUAACAUCAACAAGUGAACCAACCUCAGCGUUUCAGUAAUGGUGUGCCCUGCCUUGACCAUCUAUAGACCGUGUCCAGAUAUCCCCCGCAGAGAGCCCCCUCCUCUGAUCAGAGAGGAGGCCCAUGUUGUUUUUGAGGUGUUUGUUGGGGCCUGAACAGUGCUGUGCUCUGUGUGCAGCCUGUGGUGGGAGCUGCAUGUCAGGGCCAGAACACCGGCGUCUCAGUCCUCCUCACUGCCCGCCUCGCACAGCCUGCCGUUUAUGUGUUUACCCUCAAACGCAGCCCAAAAUGUUUGUGAGUCAGGCUCUUUUUUUCCACCCGCCCCUCCCAUUAGGUGCCAAACAAACAUUGCACCGGAAAUUGCAGGGAUAUCUGGGAUUUUUAAGGAGUCCCAGCAGACAGGGGGCGAGGUCGAGAACAAGGAUGCUUUCUGUGACAUCUUAGAGGUGAGGCGGGGAGGGGGGGGGUAGUUGGCCAAAAGAGAGGGUGUGACCAAGGCUGGGUGGCAAGGGGGUGGGCAGAGUCAGUAAGCUUCAUUACGACUGAUCAACAGGCACAGGUGACCCAGUUUCUGAUGCCCUUUGACCUUAUUACAUUCCUUGAGCCCACAGUGCGUGCCACUCCUGACCUCGUUUGUCACCAAGCUGACCCGAGCGCUAGGCUAAUGGUAACCAUUGACGUAGCUGUCAUAAGGCCCCGUGUCACAUGUAGCAGCAACCUCUUUUUUGGACUGCUAACUGGUCGAGCUUGUUUCCUCUCAUUCCUUCUCCCUCCUUGCCCAUUCACUCCACAGGACAGACAGGACAGUGGACCCAGAACAACCAUUGAUGAGGCUGAGAUUUUAUGUCACCCCCAAACAAAGGAAUAAUGAAUGAGAAAGUGUACGCUCUUUGUUCACAGGGUGCUAUCUGGGUUUUGUCCAAGCCUCAUCCUCGCCAAACCCCAAUGUCCUUACUCAUAAUGGCCUGGUGACACAUAUAGUACAUGGCACAGGAAAAUGGCUGUUGUUAGGUUAAAUUGUUCCCAACAGGGAAAGUACAGUAAAUAGCCUUGUACUUAUUUAAAUUAAAGUGAAACAGAAACCAAAGUCCA